CCCCCGGAAGGGAACGCAGGGGCCCUUUAAAUGCCCAAGCCCCACCCCCGGCUGCCGGCCUGCCGGGAAGUGAUCUCGGGCUGGCGAGGGCGUGUCUGACCUGGGGAAUCCCGGCAGCCCUGGGCACCUGAGUGCGAGCACUUGAACCCUCGGACUCGCCCCAGACUGGUUGCGGACAUCGUCUCCUUGAACCCCCAGUCCCCUAGGCCCUUGCUCCUGCCGGGACAGUCACCAUGGCAACAGACGAGUCCAUCAUCCGCAUCCCUCCGUACCACUACAUUCACGUGCUGGACCAGAACAGCAACGUGUCCCGCGUGGAAGUGGGGCCCAAGACUUACAUCCGGCAGGACAAUGAGAGGGUCCUGUUUGCCCCCCAGCGCAUGGUGACAGUCCCCCCUCGCCAUUACUGUACGGUUGCCAACCCGGUGGCCCGGGAUGAUCAAGGCUCCGUGCUGCUGGAUGUCUCAGGGCAAGCACGGCUCCGCCACGCUGACCUGGAGAUCCGGCUGGCUCAGGACCCCUUCCCCCUGUACCCGGGCGAGGAGCUGGAAAAGGACAUCACCCCACUGCAGGUGGUCCUGCCCAACACUGCCCUUCACCUUAAAGCAUUGCUGGAUUUCAUGGAUAAGAAUGGAGAGAAAGUGUUGGCCGGAGACGAGUGGCUGUUUGAAGGGCCUGGCACGUACAUCCCCCGGAAGGAAGUGGAAGUGGUGGAGAUCAUUCAGGCCACCAUCAUAAGGCAGAACCAGGCUCUGCGGCUGCGGGCCCGCAAGGAAUGCCAGGACCGGGAUGGCAAGGAGAGGGUGACAGGAGAGGAAUGGCUGGUCCGAACUGUGGGUGCCUACCUGCCAGCAGUGUUUGAGGAGGUUCUGGACUUGGUGGACGCUGUAAUUCUUACGGAAAAGACCGCCCUGCACCUGCGGGCCCUGCAGAACUUCCGGGACCUGAGGGGGAUCCCCCGGCGCACUGGGGAGGAGUGGCUGGUGACCGUGAAGGACACUGAGGCCCACGUGCCAGAUGUUUAUGAGGAAGUGAUGGGAGUCGUGUCCAUCACCACCUUGGGCCCCCAAAACUACUGUGUGAUUCUCGACCCCGUCGGAGAUGAUGGCAAGAACCAGCUGGGGCAGAAGCGUGUCGUGAAGGGAGAGAAGUCCUUCUUCCUACAACCAGGAGAGAGGCUGGAACGGGGCAUCCAGAAUGUGUAUGUGCUGUCCGAGCAACAAGGCCUGCUGCUGAGAGCUCUGCAGCCCGUGGAGGAGGGGGAGGACGGCGAGAAGGUCGCACGCCAGGCUGGGGACCGCUGGCUCAUCCGCGGGCCCCUGGAGUACGUGCCGUCAGCCAAGGUGGAGGUGGUGGAGGAGCGCCAUGCGAUCCCUCUGGAUGAGAACGAGGGCAUCUACGUGCAGGACGUCAAGACUGGACGGGUGCGGGCUGUGAUCGGCACCACCUACAUGCUGAGCCAGGACGAAGUCCUGUGGGAGAAGGAGCUGCCCCCCGGGGUGGAGGAGCUACUGAGCAAGGUGCAGGACCCUCUGGCCGACAGGAGGCAAAUGAACCUAUCCACGGUCUCGCCGCCCAGCACAAUCCGGAACAAGACGCGUGUGGUCAGCUACCGGGUGCCUCACAACGCAGCGGUGCAAGUGUACGACUACAGGGCGAAGAAAGCCCGGGUGGUCUUUGGGCCUGAACUGGUGUCGCUGGGUCCAGAGGAGCAGUUCACGGUGUUGUCCCUCUCGGCUGGGCGGCCCAAGAUGGCACAUGCCCGUCGGUCCCUCUGCCUGUUGCUGGGGCCGGACUUCUUCACCGACCUCAUCACCAUCGAAUCCGCGGACCACGCCCGGCUGCAGCUGCAGCUCGCCUACAACUGGCACUUUGAGAUAAGUGAUCGAACAGACCCUCAAGAGACAGCCAAGCUCUUCUCAGUGCCCGACUUUGUGGGUGAUGCCUGCAAGGCCAUCGCCUCCCGGGUGCGGGGUGCCGUGGCCUCUGUCACCUUCGAUGACUUCCACAAGAACUCGGCCCGCAUCAUUCGCACGGCCGUCUUUGGCUUUGAGACCGAGGGAGCCAAGGGGCCCGACGGCAUGCCCCACGCCCGGGAUAGGGCCUUCUUCCCACAAAAUGGACUCGUAGUCAGCAGCGUGGACGUGCAGUCGGUGGAGCCUGUGGACCAGAGGACGCGGGACGCCUUGCAGCGCAGCGUGCAGCUGGCCAUCGAGAUCACCACCAACUCCCAGGAGGCAGCAGCCAAGCAUGAAGCUCAGAGACUUGAACAAGAGGCGCGAGGCCGGCUGGAGCGGCAGAAGAUCUUGGACCAGUCGGAGGCGGAAAAGGCUCGCAGGGAACUCUUGGAGCUGGAGGCGCUGAGCACCGCCGUGGAGAGCACCGGGUCCGCCAAGGCCGAGGCAGAGUCCCGUGCAGAGGCCGCGCGCAUCGAGGGACAAGGGUCCGUGCUGCAGGCCAAGCUGAAGGCAGAAGCCUUGGCCAUUGAGACGGAGGCUGAGCUCCAGCGUGUACAGAAAGUACGAGACCUAGAACUGGCCUAUGCCCGCUCCCAGCUGGAACUGGAGGUGAGCAAGGCCCAGCAACUGGCUGAGGUGGAGGUGAAGAAGUUCCAGCAAAUGACAGAGGCCCUGGGCGCAGGCACCAUCCGGGACAUCGCUGUGGCGGGGCCUGAGAUGCAGGUGAAACUGCUCCAGAGCCUGGGCCUGAAAUCCACCCUCAUCACCGAUGGUUCCACCCCCAUCAAUCUCUUCAGCACAGCCUUUGGCCUCCUGGGGCAGGGACUUGGCCAGACCCCUGGCAGGAAGACAGACAAGGAAAGCCCCUCCCAAGAAGGCUUUGCCCCCCAGACUUUAGGAAUCUAGGAAUUGGUUCUUCGAGGAAAAUACUCUGAGCUCGCCUCUGUACUGACAAAUAAAACUAAC